AGCAGAUUUUUGUUUUUGCCUCGCAGCCGACAGCGCCCACGAGCGAGCGCAAUGGGCGUUUCGCGGAAGCCGGCGCAGAGGGCGCAGGCGGUGCUCCACCAGCAGAAGUUGACCAAGGCUGGACAGCCGGCCAUCAACAGCGAGUGCUGCAUCGCCACUGGCCGCGCCGACGGCAAGCCAUGCCUGCGGGCCUGCGGCGAGCCCGGGGUGCCGUACUGCAAGGCGCACAUGAAGUACGGAGACCCCUCGCUGAAGGUGGCGACGCACCCGGUGGCCGGCAAGAUCCUGGUGGCCGCCAGGGAUCUACCGAAGGGCUACCGCCUGGCGCUGUGGGGAAGAUGCACAUCCGACAAGAAGAUCGGUGAGAAAAAGAUGGAGUGGGCCUUCGACCUCGGGAGCGGGUGGAUGCUGGACCCCACCGGCCAGAAGGGCAGCAUGGCGCCUGCGGGGCCGGGAUCGCCGAGGUGUGGUCCGAGAGCAGACGGGGCCAGAGGAUUUCGCCGACGUCGCCGAUGCGUCGUCGGUGCGGUGCGACAUUCCGACUCAAGCGGUGGCGAAGCGACCCGGCUCGCCUAUAGGCCCACCAAAGAGUGUUCCAAGAACCUUCUGUGGUUUGC